UUGUAAAAAAGAAAAACUUUACCAAUUUAAAAUGUACGGGAAGGAUACUAGCGUAACGACGAACAAAAUAAUAAGAAACAGUAAAAAUUACCAUUUACGACUUCUCGAUUCGGUCUACAAUCAAAUUCCAGCCUUCACCGAUGUGUUUGACGAAGAAACUUGGUAUGUUUUCGUCAUUUGUUUUGUAGCAGGUACUUUUCUGGUGGCAUUUAUUCUUUCAAAGUACAUAACUAUAAUACCUGCUAAGUAAGAUCGUGUAUAUCGAAUUUAGUUUGCAAGAUGUUUUGUGUUCCUUGUCAAACUACAUUUCUUCAUUUCUUGAUGUCAUUGAUUUUUUUGACGCGUCACAACCAUGUA